CGGCUAGACUAGACUUGGUUUUUGGAAUGAACUGUCAAGAUGGCCACUGGUGGAUCAGGAAGUGAUACUGAAUGUAUUGGAUGGCUAUUUUAUGAGGAGAAAGGUUUAAAUGAAUAUGUAGCAAUAUUUGCUGUAACUAAAGAUGAUGACACACUCUUUGAUUAUAUUGAAAGGAAGCAUCCUCGUGCUAAGAUAUGUCAACGUAUCAACUUUAAUUUUGUCCAGCAAGACUCUGCACUGACAUUAAGAGGUGAUUUUAUUGAAUUAAAGUUUGAUACUCAACAAGACGAACCAACCACUGGAUGGAGUAUUGUACCUCUCACAGAACCUUGUAUAAUAUAUAGAAAUGAUGUCGACAAGUUUGGUAAACCUUGGAAUUCUCAUCCUCCCUCCUGCCGUGUAUCAGUUCGUGCUUCAUCUAAUGCUGUUCCUAUACUACGUUAUACUAUACCAGUGGAAGGAGCAACUGAUCCUGUUACAUUGAUAAUUGAAAGGUCACUGAAAGGUCCUGUCCUAGGCAUGAGAGAUUUAGAUUAUAUACUUGACUUAUUGCAUAAAGCUGGCUUCUCACAGAUGAAAUGGAAACCUCUUGGUCUUGCUUUAGGAUUAUAUCAUCCUACACUGAAGACAAUUGAGGCUGAGUAUCUCAGAGAUGUACAAGAAUGUCUUGAGCAGUGUCUAUGGAAAUGGUUAAAGGAAGUUGAUGGUGUUAAUGCUACUGGACGUCCAACAAUGGCCUCUCUAUAUGAUGCUCUUGAGAAAAUUGAUGAGAAAGCAGCAGCUGAUUAUAUCAGAAAAAAUGAAGAUAUUGUUGAUAACCCAGAGUUAUGUCACUAUCGCGAAGCACUUAAAACAUUCAUUACAUGUCAUCUCACUAAAGUAGUUGUUCAAGGUGAAGCUCGUGUUGGUAAAACCUCUUUUAAAUCACUUCUACUGGAUGAGAAGUACUUCAAAGUGAGUACUGGCAUUGCUGAGCCAAGAGUUGGUAUCUACUGCUAUAGACGAGAUACUGGGCAACGAUACAAGCUAUUGAAUGUCACAGAGUUAGAAGGAUUAGUUAAAAAUGCUUUGAAAAAAGAUGCAUUAGAAAGAUCAAUCAGUUCUUCAGCAGAAAAUCAAGUCAGUGAAUGCAUCGAUAGAAAGAAAACCUCGCUUGCUGGAAGUGAAUCAUCUGAUUUAGGGAGCGAAACAGUUGACAAUGGUGACGAUGGCUUUGUUGAAGGAAAUGAAGCCAUUGAUGGAUCUAGCAAUGAGGAAGAAACACCUGGAGAUGGAGACAAAGCGUCUAGUAAUGGAAAUGAAGCACCUGGAGAUGGAAACAAAAGCUUGCUGAGUAAAGCAGUAGAGAAAGUACUUAAAGAAGUAAACCAAUGUUCAGGUGAGGAAAAUUGUUUAGAAGGUGCGCAAUGGCUAUACCUCAUUGAUACAGGAGGUCAAAUUGCUUUUCAGAAGUUGCUUCCAAUUUUUAUGCCGUUUUCCCAAGUUCUUAUUCUUGUUGUUAAAUUAUCAAAGGAGCUUUGUUGCGAAUCUACUGCAGUGAUGCACUGUGAAGGGGAAGAUCACAAUGAUGGCAGUCCAUACAGAUUGACAGUUGAAGAAGUUUUGAAGCAGAUUGUUUCUUCAAUAGCUUCUGGCAUGCAGCAUUUCAGGGAAAGCUAUAAAGAUCAUGAAGUUCUACGAGAUUUGGUUCCAGAGAAAUUGCAGAUUCUCACAAUUGGUACACAUGGAGAUGAAUGCAGUGAUGUAGCACAGUCUAAACGCAUAUUGGCAGAAAAAUUGGCAGAAAUAAUUAAAGGAAAUGAUGAUUGUGAGUCAAUUGAAGAUCAUCAUGUAGUGCAUGUACAUGAAGUUGAUGGUCGUAUCGCUAAUGUAGCUGUUGAAGAAAGAGGAAACAAUGAAAAUUGUAAGAGCACGAAGAGUUCUUUGGAUGACAUAGAUGAGAUCUUAAUGAAAGAUGAUAAAGGAAUCAACAUUCCAUUUUAUUAUUACUUCUUUGAUAUUGUACUUCGCGUUGCAGCAAUAAAAGAGGGAUGUGGUGUUUUGCAAUUAUCCACCUGCAUUAGUCUUGGGGAAGAUUUAAAACUUUCAGAAGAUGAAGUGCUGGAGUCUCUUAAUUUUUUGCACCAUAUCAAUAGUAUCAUUUAUUAUGGAAAUUCUGAAGCCUGCAGUGAUCUGGUGUUCGUUAACAUAGGUAGUCUCAUUGGUAUUCUCAAGGAGUUGGUCGGGCAUGUUCAUAUUAUUCACUCCAAUAAAAGAGUAUACGCUGGAGAUGAGGAUGUUAUAGAGGGAAUGCUUUCAGAGUCCAAGUUUAAACAGAUUUGUAAAAAUCAACUUGAUUGCAUUGAAAAAGAGCUACAAGUUGAUAAUAUUGCAACGAAAUUGCUGAAGCUUUUUCUGGAGCUUUCAAUAGCUACACUCAUAAAAGAUAAGUAUUUUAUACCAGCUCUUCUUCCUGUAAGAGAUGUUACAGAUAUCAAUCCUUAUAAAAAUCGUGAGCCAUUACUGUUUUACUUCAAGAAGGCCACUCCAAUGGGCCUUUUCUGUUCUGUGAUUACUCAUCUCCUUUCAAACUUUAGCUACAAAAUUGCUUCGACAGAUAGUAAUUUCUCAAAUUGUAUGGAGUUGAAAUAUCAUACAGAAGGAGUUGCAUCAUUUUUCGUUGUUCUAAUUGAACAGAUCAAUUGUAUUGAAGUCCAUUGUGAGGAAGAGAGAGGUCAAGACAUAGUAAGGGAAAAUGUUGAAAAAGCGAUCACUUCUGCAGCUGAAAAGCACAAUCUUAGUGCAAGCCAUGAGAUCCGAUUUUAUUGUCCAUGUAAGCGUGGCCCUGGAAGUGCUGGUUCUGAUCGAAGUGGUGAUGGUGCUGCUAGUAAUAUAGGAGCUGUGUUGAAGGAGAAGAAGCACACAGUUGAAGUUGAGACUGUCAAUAAGGAGCAUAUUUUUCGAUGUAGUGACAACCCACAUACUAAAUGUGAAGAUAAAAAAGAGUUAUGGAGCUCCUGGCUUGAUGCUGGUAUACCAAACACUCCUAUUUCUAAUGAUGAGUUAAUUUCUCCUAUGAUACUAAGUACUAUAGAAAAAAGUGUAUCUGAGACAGGGAGCUCUGGCUCUCUGCAAUUGCAAGAAGUCAAAGAUCCAAUGGAGAUACUGCAGAAAUAUUCAGCUAAGCUAACCAAGGCAAUUUCUGCAAAUGUUAGUGAUGUCACUAAAGCAUUGCUUUCUGAUGACCUAAUCCCAAAAGGGACUAUAAACUAUAUAAUGACAACAGUUGGUGUAUCUACUACUGAUAAAGCUGAUAGAGUAAUGACUGAUGUGAUGGGUCAGUUAGAAGCUUCUCUUGAUGAAAGACAGUAUUUAACUGAUGUGUGUCGUAUUUUAAUUAAGCAAGGUGCAGCAAUGAAAAAGAUAGGAAAUGUUGUCCUUAAAAAACUAGAAUGCUGUCCAUCCUCCUGCUAGUGAAGGAACAACAAAUUUAUUUUUGCUACCAUGCAUUAUACAAAAUGACAGUAAUUUUUUAGAAUUUUUUUCACAUGAUAUUUUUUAUUAUUUUGACAAAACAUAAGCUUGUCCAUAUUUUAAGUGGCAAGUCCUUUGUAUGUGCUUUAUGUAACUUAUGUCUUGAAUGUCUUUGUAUUAACUAUAA